AUGUGCGCACUGUCGGAUCCUGGCAUCAUGCCGCGGCAGCGGGACUUCACAGAGCACUAUGACGAGCGCACCAAGGUCUUCCGGACCCGGGAGCCCCAGCGCUUCUACGACAUCGUGCUCCGGGGGCACCCGCUGAAAUUGAAGUACUGCAAGACCUGCCCCUUGGCUGCCUUUGGGAGGUUUCAGGCCACGUGA